UAGGAAGUGAGUGUGGAUGGGACCGGGACCACGGAGGGGAGCGGGGAGCCGGCUUGGCCCGGCAAGAGACAGAGACAUGAGCAAAGCCAGGAGGAUGCCGCCGGGCCAUGGUGCCGCCAUUGCCAGGCAGAUGGGUUUGCUGGUGGACCUCUCCCCGGAGGGGACAGCAGGGGAUGACACCGGAGAUGAUGCCGCCGAGCUGGAGGCUGAGCUGCUGGCGCUGGUGGGAGGCCGAGCUGCGCCGGGAGAGAAGCCCAAGGGGAAAACCCCUUUGCCGAUGGAGGCGAUUGAGAAGAUGGCCGCCCUCUGCAUGAAGGACACGGACGAGGAGGAGGAGGGGGAUGACGAAGAAGAGCUGGAAGAUGAAGACGAUCUCAUGGCCGAGCUGCAGGAGGUGCUGGGCGAAGGGGAAGGGAGCACGGAUGCACCGGUGCCCCCCGCCAAGGUUCCGGAGGUGCCUCCGGAGCCCAGCGACAUCGAGUCCACGCUGGGGGAGCGGGCAGACAUGUACCGGACGGCCAUCGCCAAUGCCAAGCAGGCCGGGGACAGCUCCAGGGUGCGGCGCUACGAGAGGGGCCUCAAGACGCUGGAGAACAUGCUGGCCUCCGUCAAGAAGGGAAAAAAGAUCAACGAGGAGGAAAUCCCCCCUCCAGUGGCGCUGGGGAAGGGUGCAAGCUCUCCGCAGCCCUCCCUGGCUUCCCCCCUGCCAGCCCCCCGCCCUGGCUCCCCGCAGCCACCUCCGCAGCCGCCUGCUGCCUCUGCCCCCAAGCCGCAGCCACCCCCCGUUCUCCCAAAGCCUCAGGUCCUGCCCGUCAGCUCUCCAGAGGUGAAGCCAGCUCCUCCCUUGCCGUCUUCCCACCCAGGCAAAGGCUCUGACCAUGCCGGUGCUGAGGCACUGCUGCGGGGCCGGCAGCGGGAGUACAAGCUUGCAGCGCUGCACGCUAAGCAGCAUGGAGACCUGGAGAUGGCCACAAAGUACUACCGGGUCGCAAAGAGCUUUGACUCCUUGCUCGAAGCGGCAGGGAAUGGCCAGCCGGUGGAGCUGAGCAGUGUGCCGCCUCCUCCCGACCAGCUGCCAAAGGAGUUGUCGCCUGGCCAGACGCAGCCUGCCGCAGCAGUGCCUGUGCCAGAAGUUAAACCAGCAUCUCAUGCGGCAGACGUUCCCCCCGCUCCCCGGGAUGUGCUGGAGGCUCUGCAGCAGAGGAUGGAGCGGUACAAGACGGCGGCGGCGCAGGCCAAGAGCAAGGGAGAUGACCGGAAGGCCCGGAUGCACGAGCGCAUCGUCAAGCAAUACCAGGACGCCAUCCGGGCACACAAAGCUGGGAAAACGGUGGAUUUCUCGGAGCUGCCCAUUCCGCCAGGCUUCCAGCCUAUCCAGGGCAUGGAGAAGCCGUCCGGAGACCAAAGCAUCGCUGGAGUGCUGGAAACUGCUAUGAAGCUGGCCAGCCAGGAGGUCCAUGAGGAGGAUGAUGGUGCUGAAAAGGCAAAGCCUGCCGCCAGCCCUGCCCCAGCGAGAGCCGCUACCGCCUCCCAGCCCAAGCAGCCACCGCCACCUCCCCAAACCUCCUCUGCGGGUGCCCCCAAUUCUGCCGGAGUGGCCAAACCAGCCCCCAAAACCACCGCAAAAGCCCAGCAGCAGUUGGCAUUCCUGGAAGGCAGAAGGAAGCAGCUGAUGCAGGCCGCCCUCCGUGCCAAGCAGAAGAAUGACAUCGAGGGGGCAAAGCUCUUCCUGCGCCAGGCCAAAGGGCUGGAUCCCAUGAUCGAGGCCUCGCAGAACGGUUUGCCUGUCGAUAUAACCAAGGUACCCGAAGCCCCCGUGAACAAGGAGGACUUUGUGCUCGUGCAGCGUCGGGGGGUGCACAUCUCUCCCGAGGCAGCCAGCCAGUACCUGGAGCUGAUGAAGCUGAUCCGGCAGCAGCACGAGAUGUGCAUGAAUUACUCCAAGCAGUUCACUCACCUGGGGAACAUUGCGGAGACGACCAAGUUUGAGAAGCUGGCUGAGGACUGCAAGCAGAAUAUGGAGAUCCUGAAGCAGGCCCACGCCCGGGGCUUCCCGCUGCCCAAGUACCAUUAUGAGCAACGAACCUUCAGCGUCAUCAAGAUCUUUCCGGAGCUGAACAGCAAUGACAUGGUGUUGUCGAUAGUGAAAGGGAUCAACCUCCCGGCACCGCCAGGUGUGGCUCCCAAUGAUCUGGACGCCUUCGUGCGCUUCGAGUUCCCCUACCCCAAUGCGGAGGAAGCUCAAAAAGACAAGACCAACGUCAUCAAAAACACCGAUUCUCCCGAAUUCAAGGAGCAGUUCAAGCUGUACAUGAACCGAGGGCACCGGGGGCUCCGGCGGGUCCUUCAGGCCAAAGGCAUCAAGUUUGAAGUGGCGCAUAAAGGGGGGCUGUUCAAGAUGGACCGUGUCAUCGGCACAGCCCAGCUCAAGCUGGCGGCACUGGAGACGGUGUGCGAGGUUCGGGAGAUCAUUGAGCUGCUGGAUGGCCGCCGGCCCACGGGGGGGAAACUGGAAGUGAUUGUGCGGAUCAGGGAGCCCCUGAGCUCCCAGCAGCUGGAGAUGAGGACGGAGCGCUGGCUGGUCAUCAACCCCAGCACCAUGCCCCCGGUUGCCGUCCCCAAACCCAAACCGGCCGUUGCUCCCGCAAAGGAAGUGAACAGCAGCAGGGCCAUGCCGGCAUUGCCCAGCCUCAACCUGCUGGCCUUCGACCAGGAAAAGCUGGAGAGGAAGAUGCUGGCGUACCGGCAGGCGCAGCGGCCGGUCCCCCCUGAGCUGCGGGAACAGUACCAGGACAUCGCCCGGCGCAGCCAGCUCCUGCGGUCGCGCCUGCAGCAUGGCGACCCCAUCUUCCGCAAAGAGUACCUGGCCCAGCUGGAGCGAUACUUGCAGCUCUACACCGAGACGGCAAGGCGCUUGGGCACCGAGGGCAACCGGGAUGCGGCCAAGGAAGCGCUGUACAAGAGGAACCUGGUGGAGAGCGAGGUGAGGGGCAGGCCUGGGGGGGGGGGGGGGUUUUGGUUGUGGGGGAUCAGCGGGCAGCUCUCGCCCCGGCUCUUCCGCAAGCUGCCGCCGCGGGUCUGCGUCUCCCUGAAGAGCAUCGUGGACGAGGACUUUCUGUGUGCGGGGCACAUCUUCCUCGGGUUCUCCAAGUGCGGCCGUUACGUCCUGUCCUACACCAGUAACAGCAGCGACGAUGACUUCUCCUUCUACAUCUACCAUCUCUACUGGUGGGAGUUCAACGUCCACAGCAAGCUCAAACUGGUGCGGCAGGUUCGGCUCUUCCAGGACGAGGAGAUCUACAGCGACCUGUACCUGACGGUCUGCGAGUGGCCCAGCGACUCCUCCAAGGUCAUCGUCUUUGGCUUCAACACCCGCUCCGCCAACGGCCUCCUUGUCAACAUGAUGAUGAUGAGCGACGAAAACCACCGUGACAUUUACAUCAGCGCUGUAGCCAUGCCGCCCCCCCGACACUGCCCCGGCUGCCGGGACAUGGCCCUCGCCCACCCCGGCGACCGGCAGGCGCACUGCCUGCGGCACGGCUUCAUGCUGCACACCAAGUACCAGGUGGUGUACCCCUUCCCUACCUUCCAGCCUGCCUUCCAGCUCAAGAAGGACCAGGUUGUGUUGCUCAACACCAGCUACUCCCUGGUGGCCUGCGCCGUCGCCGUCCACGCCGCAGGUGACAGCAGCUCUUGCCAAAUCCUGUACGAGCGCCGGAGCCCGCCGGUGCCCUGUCGCCGGGUGGGAUCACCUGGACGUUGGCGAAGUCGACCCGGUUGA